AUGAAGAUUGAAGUUGAAGUAAUCACCAAAGAGACAAUCAAACCAUCUUCUCCAACCCCUCACCAUCUCCACCACCACCAGCUCUCCUUUCUGGAUCAAUUAGCACCCCAUGCCUACGUUCCUUUUCUCUACUUUUAUGAAUUCAAUGGCUCCACAAACAUCAAUCAAAUCUCCAACCUCCUCAAGACUUCUCUAUCCAAAGUCUUGACCCAGUACUACCCUUUUGCUGGGAGAGUCAGAAACAACCUUUUUGUUCACUGCCAAGACCAAGGCAUCCCAUUUUCUGAAGUUAAAGUCAAAACCCAUCUGCUCUCUGGUGUCAUCACCAACCCCUGCCUCUCUGAGCUCCACAAACUACUGCCAUUCAAGCUGGAUGAAGUCACAGAAACAGCCCUUGGUGUCCAGCUCAAUGUGUUUGAAUGUGGAGGAAUUGCUGUGGGGUUAUGCAUCUCACACAGAAUUGCAGACGGCCUCUCAUGUUUUACAUUUGUGAACAAUUGGGCAGCUGCUUCUAAUUGUGGACCGGGGAACAAAAAUUCUAUUGUGGGUCCAGAUUUUUCUGCAGCUUCAAUUUUCCCACCAAGAAAUAUGGAUGGGUAUUUAGGGGUUCCUAUCACCAACAAGCAUGAGAUCAAAACCAAGAUGUUUGUGUUUGAUGCGUCAAAGGUUGAGGCUUUGAGAUCAAGAUAUGAACAGAGCAUCAAGGUCUCAAAAACCCAGAAACGGCCAUCAAAAGUUGAGGCCUUGUCUGUAAAAUCUGGUAUAAGGAAUUCUGUAUUCCGUUGUGUUUACAUACAAUAUGUGCAGGUACAUAUAUAG